GCUGUACUGUGAUUGGUUAGAAUACAGGAAACAGAAACGAAACACAUGGAGUCACAGUUCUUUUUGUAGAAUUAAUUUAAAAUAAUAAUAAUAAAUUUGAGACAUAUCCCAAUAGUGUUUGACGCUUUGUGGAAGACCCAUAAUGUUCUCCACGAGAGGUUAAUGUUCGGUAAUCCAAAGAAAUGGAGACAGACGCUCUGGUAGCUCCAAUUACUGCUUUGGAGUUCUUUAAGGGAGAAUUUUUAUUAACAGGUGAGGGUCCACUCUUGUCUGUAUACAGCCUCCAACCUCACCCUAAAGUCAGCGCCUCACUAAGUGUCCUGCAACAUUACAGAAUCCACGGGAUAAGACCGAGAAGUCAGGCACAGAUCUGUGCCAGAGCAAUCCACAGGCAGAGGGAACAUGGACAAAGUUCUACCUCAGAGUCCAGCUGUUAUGACUUAGUAGUGUUUGGAGGGAAAGCUGUGAGACUGGUGAGGCUCCAUGUGGAUUUGAAGGGUGUGAAGCAUCUGCACUUGGAGAUCCUGGGACCUCUCUUGAAUCUGAAGGACUGGGCUCUGGAUGCCCGCUGGCUCUCUGGAAAUAAACAGUCCCUGCUCUGUGUGGCUAUAGCCCACAAUCAAGCUCUUCUCCUGGAUGUCAUUACAGGAAAUGUACUAGUUCAUAGCUCUUGUCUGGAGGGUUGUUUGCUGUACUCUGCCCUACUUUUGGUCCAUGAAUCCUGGGCAGAUACUGUCUUAGUAGGAGGGACUGUUUUUAACCAGCUUGUCAUCUGGAAACCCAGAGGAGGAGAAGAAAGUAGCAAUUCUGGGUACAAAGCUCCAGUUGAGCGGCGUCUAUCGGGUCACAGUGGUGUCAUCUUCAGCAUCUAUUACCUCCAGGAGAAAGGAUAUCUGGCUUCAGCCUCUGAUGAUCGCAGUGUGCGAGUGUGGGGCGUUGGUGCCUUAGGAGGCCUUGGGGGGAAAUGUGGGGACUUAAACCCAGCUUGUUUAACAGUCCUAUAUGGCCACCAGGCCAGGGUGUUCUCAGUGCAUCUCUCACCAAGAAGAGUGUUCAGUGCUGGAGAAGACGGGACCUGUUUAAUCUGGGACUGGGCUGGAGGUGGAAAGGUGGUUCGCACACUAAAAGGACAUCGAGCAGGGGGCAUCCGUGCACUGGCAGUCAGUGAAGGAGAAGAUCAGAGAUGGGUGGCUACAGGCGGGGCGGAUGGAGGGGUGAGGUUGUGGAAAGUGGACAGCAGUGAAGAGAAAGACAGUGGGGAGGAGACAGUGACAGAGAAGCUAACAGACCUAAAAUUUCCCAGUCACAGUCUGCCUAAAGUUGUCUGUUUAGUAGGAGAAGAGAAUGAGAAUUCAAGCUGGAGUCACUUUGUGGUUUGCACUGACGGAGGAAUGGUUUGCCAAUACACUGAUGGAAAGUGGGAAACAUUAUGGCAGGGCACAUCUGAGUUUCAUUCCUAUUGCGUGAUGGACACAGUAAAUGUUAGCGUGAAAGACUCAGCCAGCACAGUUUGUUUGUGUGCUUUGGGAACCCUCAGCGGGUCCCUGCAGGUCUUUCCCACUUCUCAGCCUCAAUCUGGCAUUUGUCUUACAGGUGGCUCAGGGAAGAUUCAGAGUAUUAUUUGGCAAAAGGGAACCAACAGUGUGUACUUGCUAGCAUCAGGUGCAGAGGGACUUGUCUAUCGUUGGUGUAUAGAGGUAAAAGCAAAUGAAAACUGUUCUCUUGUUCUCAGAGUAAAAUCUCUUCCACCUUUUCUCCUACCAUGCUGUUCUAAACGCUGGCUCACAGCUGCAGUUUGCCUCCAACCAAGUUCGAAGGAGGUUCUCUGGGUUUGUGGCGACAGACGAGGGUCCUUACUUCUGUAUCAGGAAGGAGAAAAGUUUGAACAAAAGAAAAGCGAUGAUGACAGAAUGAAUGAAGGCUUGGUGGCUGGAAGGAAACGAAGUGAAGAUGAACAAGAGGAAACUAAAGAAAAAGAUGGAAAAAUGAUGGAGAAGGAAGAAAUAAAUAAAGUGCAUGACCUAACGCUGCUGCCGCUGAGCUGUUUGUUUGGGGUGCAUGGGAAACACGGUGUAACUUCAGUGCGUGAGUACCAAGGAUUACUCUACAGCACUGGUAAGGAUGGCUGUGUUAGGAUUUUCAGAGUGCAUCAAGCAACAUAUAAGAAGAGCAGACAAGACAACACUGAAGAGAAUGUAGAGGUGAAACAAAAUCUUCAGCUGGAAGUGCUUAGAGUCCAACGGGCCUGCAAGGGUAUGGAGUGGCUGGAGAGAAUUUUGAUUCUUGAAUCUGAAAUUGCAGUAGGGGAGGAGGAAGCAGCUGCAGAAGAAUGUGAGGAUCUGAAUAAAACAAAGCAACUCGAUCUGACAGAAAAGUUGGAGGUUAUAGGGGAGGGAGAAGUUGAAGAGAAUUUGAGAGGAGAGGAAUUCAAGGGAAGAGAAGCUAGAUUUGUAAUUGUCGGAUUCCAUGCGGUCCACUUUGUUGUUUGGGACCCUUUGAGGCAAGAGAGGCUGUUAGCGGUACCCUGUGGUGGGGGGCAUCGCUCUUGGUGUCUCUGGCCAUCACACAUGGGGAUUUGGCCUGGAUUUGGAGCUUUGGUCUUCAUCAAGCAGGGAGCAGUCCUCACUUCACAAUCUCCAGGAGCGGCAUUAGGCUGGGCCAGAAAAUCUGGAAGGAAUGGAGGAUGGAGCUUGAGAGAGGGGGUGCAUGGGAGAGGGAUUUGGUGUGUGGCCAGACUGGGGAGAAUAGGGGAGUUUGGAAAUUAUACUUUAACGAAGUGUGCAGCAAAUACAGCUAAUAAUAAAAGAGGUGAGAGGGAAAGAGAGGAAGGACAUUGGGAGAUAGUGGUGACAGGAGGAGAGGACACAAGUCUAGCUGUCCUAGCGGUACAACCCGUUUCUGGCAUCAUCAAAGUUCUCUCAGUUAUUACUGACCACAUCUCAGGUGUCCGCGCAGUGGCAGCAGUAACACAUCUAGAUGGAGGGAAUGAAAACUCAUCAAAGUCUUUCUCUGCCCUGCUUGUGUCAGCCGGUGGCCGGGCUCAAAUACAGUGUUACCGACUGUUGAUUGUCUGGGACAAGCAGAAGUUGGCUCCAUCCUGUCAGGUGAUCCAGGUGGCAAGCCACCGCUUAGAUGAACAGUGGGAAAAGAGACGGAACAGACACAAGACGGUGAAAAUGGACCCAGAAACAAGGUAUCUGUCCAUUGCAGUGGUGGAGGAAAAGACGGACUCUGUCCUUCUGGCUCUGUCUUGCAGUGAUGGGGCUGUCAGAUUGUUCUCUAUCAGUGAAGUUAAAAAUCAAAUUAAUUUGUUGUGGGAGACGUUUUACCACCAGCGCUGUGUGCUCAGUGUUGCCACCUGCAGCCUGGAGGACAACAAAGGAAACAGGAAUAAGCUGCUCUUUAGUGCUGCUACAGAUGGGAAAAUAGCAGUGUGGCAUUUGACUGAAGCUCUGCCCUUAUCAAUUGAUAAUUCGUACUGUGCUACAACCCCCCCAGUCCCCUGCCUCGACAUUCCCGCCCACCAGAGCGGUAUCAACUCAUUGGCUGUUUGGGUAGAGAAAUUGGGACAACAAGAGGGCUGUUGCCUGGUAACUGUUGCCAGCGGAGGAGAUGAUGGACAGCUGACAGUGUCCACAAUUAAGGUGCUAUACCCAGAAGAUGGGAAGACUGGGGGCAGCAGAGUGUCUUCUCAGAUUUACAAUUCCCAGACUUUACCCCAACCAUAUGUCGAACGUCAUCACCAGCUUCAACUUCAUCUCCAUUCCCAGUCCCACAUCCGACUGGCUCACGCUGCCCCUCUCACUGCUCUGAAGCUCCUGAGUCCAGGCUUACUGGUCUCCACCUCUUCAGAUCAGAGGGUUUGCCUGUGGAAGGUCAGUGGUACCAGUAUCAACCACAGUGGGGUGCUGUUCUCCCACGUUGCAGAUGCUACAGGACUUGCAGUUUGGAAGGGGGAGGAAGAAAAGGAAAGGAAGAAAACGGGUUUUGAGCAGGUAAAUGCAGUUUUUGAGGACAAAAAGAGUGGGACACCAUUAGAGACAAAAAUUAAGAUAAAAGAGGAUGAGGAUACAGAUGAGUCCAAGGGUAGAGGCCCUGAUGAUGCAGUGAGCAUGAAAGGUGGUUCUGUCUGUAAGACCAGUGAUGAAAACGAAGGUGAGGCAUCUGAUAAUCCAAAGAAUCAAACAGUUAGUCACUGUGGUGAGGGAAACACUAAGACAGGUUUAAAUGCCUCCUCUGAGAGCAGGAAAAAGAGAACCAAGGUGGGAUGGGUGUUGGUGUGUGGCCAGGGCAUCCAGCUGCUACGAAUCAGAAAUACAGAGAUGGAUGCAAAGACGUAGAGAGAGAAAAAACAAAAACAGCAAGUUAAAGUUCAAAGUCAGGCAGAUCAAAGUACUGAAGUGAUAUUUCACCUUUACAUAAUGAUUUCUGUAUAGUAUGAAUCUGUAAAUAUGUAAUUUCUGCUUAAUUAAUGAUAAAAAAAAUUUAAACAAA